GAAGAAGAAACUGCGAUAAAGAAUGAGGAAGUAAAAAAAAACAUUUUCUGGCGCUGAGUCAACGGAAAAGCCGGAGUGUGGUAUUUUUAUGUGACUAGUUAUACCAACUUGGACAACUCUUUUAAAUUAUGUUUUUCAAAACGAUCCUGUUUUGACAAGUGUAAUAGCUGUCUUAUAGCCAUGUAGCUAGUUAGCUACAAAUACACCUGCUGUUGUGGACAAAGAGAUUCUGGUUUCAGUAACUUGACUUAACCCUCUGGCAAUUCUCAAUGACAACUUGGUUAGCUAGCUAACGUUAGUUAAAGAAAAUCAGGUUUCCACAACUGAUCAUUCGAGAGUGGAGCCACAUAAUGGCAUACUGCGACAAGACAGGUGAUCAUUCCUCAGCUUCUCUAAACAAUGAGGACAGUCGUAAUGGACAUGACCCGGCGACAGACAAGCCCCCGACUCCACACUCCAAAGGAAAUGCGAACGAUUGCUGUGCCACUGAAGAAGCCCGAACAGUGUCUGUCCCUCAUGGGUUGUGUGUAAAGAAGAAAAAGCUUGUCCUUCACGUUGACCUCAAUAACACCAUCUUGGUGUCUGAUGCUGUGACAGGUCAAGGAACUAUUGCAGCUUUGGAUUACUUUAUUUCCACAGUGACAUGGGGACAAAUGAGUAAACAAGGUAAAUGGAUGUGGAUGAGUGACUCACCUUCCCUACUUCCACCAUGUGAGGGCGCUGUCAGCUACUACUCCCAGUUUGGCCGGGUGGCAGGCUUCACCAGCUCCACUGCAGGUCGGCGGUUCCGGGGUGUGCUGGAUGAGCACCUGGCGAUGCUGCGAUGGCCGAAGGAGCUGAAGGGGGACAAGGAGCUGGCUGUGAAGGGGGAGGAUGGACAGCUGUACCACUGGAUCUUGCCCUCCUUCUUCCAGCUACUGAAAGACCUGGUGGCAGAGGGGAGGGACUUUGCUAUCCUGUUCCGCACUUUUGGCUCAGACCUGCCCCGCGUGCUGUCUGCAGUGUCCCGUGCACUCACUCAGGGCUCCCACCCACUCUUCCCUGACCUUCCAGCACUUAAGCUGAGUGUGAAUGAGACGCCAGGCCAGAUCCGCUGCAGUAAGAAGGGGGCGGUCCUCACCCGGGCAGAGGAGCGUCUGUCGACCCGUGACGGGGAGCGAGCCCUGUACCAGUACCUCAGCUCUGUUCAGUGCCUGGGGGGCUUCCAGGACCAUUUUGACUGUCUCGUUGAUGUAGUCAGGACACUGGGCUCUCUAUCUGUAGGUGGGCCAGGAACACCUACUCCAUCCUGGGAGGGAAACCUCUGUGGGUGGACCCCUUCGACCAAGAUGUCCAGCACAUCUUCAUCGAUGACAACAUUCGACAGAAUGACAAAGACACCAUCGUCCAUCCAAAGGUGUUUCUGGACCGAGAUGGCUCAGAGACCCGCACAGCCUCCACCUCAGAGCUGUAUGACCUCUGUCUGGUCCAGAACGAUCUGCUCAGGGCCAUCUCAGACCCAGAGUACUUCACCCAGCGCAUCAGCAUCUGCCAGGAGAACUAUGACAGGAACCUUCAGCAGGGGGCAGGCUAGAGUGGUUUGUCUGUAGCCCAGAGGUCCAGGGUGAGAAGGGGUUGGGAGAACUCAGGUCUGUAGACUGGAGGUCCAGGGUGAGAAUGGGUUGGGAGAACUCAGGUCUGUAGACUGGAGGUCCAGGGUGAGAAGGGGUUGGGAGAACUCAGGUCUGUAGACUGGAGGUCCAGGGUGAGAAGGGGUUGGGAGAACUCAGGUCUGUAGACUGGAGGUCCAGGGUGAGAAUGGGUUGGGAGAACUCAGGUCUGUAGACUGGAGGUCCAGGGUGAGAAGGGGUUGGGAGAACUCAGGUCUGUAGACUGGAGGUCCAGGGUGAGAAUGGGUUGGGAGAACUCAGGUCUGUAGACUGGAGGUCCAGGGUGAGAAUGGGUUGGGAGAACUCAGGUCUGUAGACUGGAGGUCCAGGGUGAGAAUGGGUUGGGAGAACUCAGGUCUGUAGACUGGAGGUGGAAGGUAAAAGGGAGCUCCUGUAUCCUGUAGUUGCUCCAACUCGUCCUCUAAGGUCAAUAUUCUCAGGGUGUGUGACACUGGCAACCAAUAUAUUGCAUAUGUAGAAGGCAUUAUUUUGUAGUAUUAUUGUGCUGCUGUUUUUAAAUUAUAAUAUAUAUUUUAAAAAAUUGGUAAUUGAUAUAAAGGCAUUGUUUACGUAUACCAAAAUGUGUUCAGAAAGACUUGAAUGUUUCUAAUAUUACAAAGAGAGAGAGCUGCAUGGUUGAGCAGUAAGACUAACUGUUACAACUUAAUACAUACUCUAGUCUACAGACAAAUUACUUUAAUAUUAACCACAAUUAGUAUUACUGUUUGACUGUUUAUCAUGGCAAAACAAUGGAUGAGUUUGACCUAAUAUAAUUUGGGUUUAUGUGGUUUGGAGUUUAUUUGCACUGAAAAUUACUUUACUUUCUUUGGAAGCGCUCUCAUGUGGACAAAAAGUAUAUAUCCGGGGAAUGUGUGUCACGCUUUCUCUUGAAGGUUUGUCAUAGUGGUGGAUGAGGUGAGCGGCCCCGUUACAAUGUAAAGCUCUUUGGGUGUCUAGAAAAGCGCUAUACACCGACUGUACAAAACAUUAAGGACACCUUCCUUUGGGGCAUGGACACUACAAAGUGUCAAAAGUGUUCCACAGGGAUGCUGGCCCAUGUUGACGCCAAUGCUUCCCGCAGUUUUGUCAAAUUGUCUGGAUGUCCUUUGUGUGUGGACCAUUCUUGAUACACACGAGAAACUGUUGAGCUUGUAAAAACCCAGCAGCGUUGCAGUUCUUGACACAAACCGGUGCACCUGGCAUCUAAUACCAAACCCCGUUCAUAGGCACUUCAAUCUUUUGUCUUGCGCAUUCACCAUCCUCUGAAUGGCACACAUACACAAUCCAUGUCUCAAAUGUCUCGAGGCUUAAAAAUCCUUAUUUAACCUAAGUUGCAUCAAUAAGGGAUCAUAGCAUUCACUUGGUCAGUCUGUCAUGGAAAGAGCAGGUGUCCUUAAUGUUUUUACUAAGUAUAUAAGUUGAAUCAAUGAUUAGUAUUAGCAUAUUUAUUUUUAAGCUUGAAGGGAGUGUGGCGUUUGACUACUGCAAAUUUGAGACACCUUUUCAAAGUAGCACAUCACAAUCACCAGGAUGUGGGUAAUUGUGGAAGAGAAGGCGUCAGCAUGCUUCAGUUCGGCUAGCACCUAGCCGAACUCAGCUUGGAGAACCAAAUGAGUGUGCUCGCAUACUCCCUUAAAAGACUUUUGCUUGAAAAAAGCGACAAUAGUAAUGUUUGUCCAUUUUGAGACACUAGUUGUAUACACUUCCUCAGUCUAGUCAGAAUAACUAAAAAAAUCGUUCAUUCAUUUUUAUGUUUUUGCUAAGGAGAACUUAGUCGUGCAAUUUUACAUUUAACUGUUUGGUGCAGUAUUUCUCAAUGAAUUUUUUUUCUCAUGAAAUCGAGUCGUCUUGUUGAAUGACAACAGACUUAAUUGAAGAAUCACUACUGUUGACCAAUCAACGACCAAGAGGCGUAGACUCCGGCUACUGACUUUGGCUUGCCUCUAGAAUAUUGUUUUGUGUGUCCGAACAGCCAAAAAACCCUUUAUUGAAGUCCAAAACGAACAAAAACAUCCCAGUGCUGUCAUUAUAUAUGCACAAACUGUGUUGGCUGGGAAGCAUGCAGACGCCUUUUAAAGCAGCAAUCAGGCCUUUGACUGCAAUUAUACAAAAAGAGGCAUGGGGCAUUGUUGCUAAGGCAAAGUCACAUUUGAUGGGAGACGGAUUCAGAUGCAAGAUUGUCUGUUGGAUCGACUGACUGUUACCUUAUCAUGCACUCACAAAGUCAGUCUGAAUGCUUGAAUCUGGAUAUACUUAGUGUCUUUUUGUAUGUCAUUGUUUUACGUCAGAUAGCGUGACUAAUCGCCUGCACUGAGUGUCAGGGGACGAGUAACGCGUAUGAGUGAUGCCACCUGACGUAAGACGAUGCUUGUAUGUUUCAUGAUGAACAUUCUGAACAAUCAGCUUGUGCGGUGUUCAAUAAACCUCCUGAGUGGAAGAAAAUGUA